GGGUGGACCUGACUUAAUUUAGCUCGUUCCGCAGAAUCAGAGACAGCUGGCGGACAGACUCCCCCCUCUUCCCCUUCACUGCCGCCCUUUCUGGUUCGGAAAAGUAGGAUUUAUGUUGAAUCACGCCAAGUAAAUAUACAUGUAUUUAACAGUGAAGAGGAAUUGCAAACUGGGAACUUCGGGAGCUGAGGAUUGAGAAUGGGAAAGAUGUGACUGGUGUAGAGAACCGAGUCAGAGUCAAAUCAUUUGUGAAAUCUUCGAGGAAGCUGACUAAAGUGUCCGCCAGGCCAGUUGGACACAACUCAGAUGGGUGUGGAGGAAGUUAACACUUUGGGGGUUAGUGGGACAACCACAAAGUAAAAGCCAUCCCUGCCCCAGGAAAGUUUCUUGUGUUGAAUUUGUAUUUGUGAAAUCUUCUAGUCAUCACAUGGGCCAGGACUGUGCUGGGCGGAUAAGGCAUUUGUGUAGCCCCUGCCUGGGCUGCAGAGACUUGAGAAGAGGCCAAUGGAGAGAAGGGAUAAGGAGAGCUAAGCAUUUGAUGAGGGCUUGGGCAGGGCGGCGGUGGCCAGAACAGCCGAAGAACCUCACUGUGGCCACAGACACUUCCUGGUCUUUCCCCAGUGGGCAGAGAGAUCACGUUGAUGGAGACAACUGUUUAGUCUCCUCUUGGGUGACUCGUGCCUGUCAUCACUUUUCUGAAAUUCUUCCUGUGACUUAGGGUCUUUCUUCCUCCACCUUUCCUUGAUUUCCUUCUCCUGUGCCUCAGUGUCAUCCUCUGCCCCUCUGGCGACCCGGGUGUCUCCACACAUUCUGCCUUGCUAGCAGCAUCCUCUCCCGAGGUCUGAGGAACUCACUCUAUGCCAGCGAGCAGCUUCUGAGACUUAGGCCCCUGUGACCCCACCCCGCCUCGUGGCUCACCUCAGGGUCUUUGCACAUGCUACUCACUCUGCUUGGAAUGUCUCUUCUGGCCUGCUCGGCUCAUCUGGCCGUCUUCCUUUGGACACCCUCGCGGCUGCAAGGAGCUCCGGGUCCCAGGUGUUUGCCUCUCCCAUUCACCCCCGCUCUUAACUCUUAUCACACCCUAGUAACGGAGCUUCUUUGCCUCUCUCUCCCAGGAACUUGCAGGCUCCUUGAGGCCAGAGCCUGCCACACUGCCCGGGACCAAGCGUAGCUUAGGUUUUCCUGGAGCGUUAGAUGCCACCCAGAUGCCCAUCCAGCCCCCGAGUAAAGACGCUGAAGAGAUGGAGGCCGAGGGCGAUUCCGCUGCCGAGAUGAAUGGCGAGGAGGAGGAGAGCGAGGAGGAGCGCAGCGGCAGCCAGACGGAGUCUGAGGAGGAGAGCUCUGAGAUGGACGACGAGGACUAUGAGCGGCGCCGCAGCGAGUGCGUGAGCGAGAUGCUGGACCUGGAGAAGCAGUUCUCGGAGCUGAAGGAGAAGUUGUUCAGGGAGCGACUGAGUCAGCUGCGGGUGCGGCUGGAGGAAGUGGGGGCUGAGAGAGCACCCGAAUACACAGAGCCUCUGGGGGGGCUGCAGAGGAGCCUCAAGAUUCGCAUUCAGGUGGCAGGGAUCUACAAGGGCUUCUGUCUGGACGUGAUCAGGAAUAAAUACGAGUGUGAACUUCAGGGGGCCAAACAGCACCUGGAGAGUGAGAAGCUGCUGCUGUACGACAGCCUGCAGGGGGAGCUGCAGGAGCGCAUCCAGAGGCUGGAGGAGGACCGCCAGAGCCUGGACCUCAGCUCUGAGUGGUGGGGCGACAAACUGCAAGCCAGAGGCAGCUCCAAGACCUGGGACGCCCUGCCGCCCAGCAAGAGGAAGAAGGCGCCCCUCGUUUCUGGCCCCUACAUCGUGUACAUGCUGCAGGAGAUCGACAUCCUGGAGGACUGGACGGCCAUCAAAAAGGCCAGGGCCGCCGUGUCCCCACAGAAGAGGAAGUCAGAAGGACCUUGACCCUGCAUUUCACAGCCAAGGGACCCCCGGAGCAACUGGCACCCAACCCAGGAUGUGCAUUAUCCUGCUGCAGAAAGUCUGAUGGCAACAAGCUCAGGCUUGGCUGUUGGCUCCAGUGUUCUGCUGGGCCCCCUCCAGCCAGCACUGGGCUCGACUCCUCUGCUCCUCCUCUGGGCCCUGGACACUGGGGCCUGCAGCUGCCCUGGGCAGGAAAGACUGUCUCAGCCAGCCCCAUGGUCCUUCCCUGUGCCCACCCAAAACAUGUGCGUUUCUUGAGCCAAAGCCGCAUCCUUCCUGCUCACCUCGCACCUGGCUCCCGCCCCUGAGCCAGUGAGCUGUGUGGGGACUUUGAUCCAGAAAUGAUGGGGGCCUGGCCAUCGCCGCUCAGCCAGGCUCCCCAGGUCUUCUCGGGGCGGUUCUUGGUGUCUGCCUCCCAGCUUUCGGGGACUGGAUUAAAGCCUCUCCUGGGACUUCGGUGUGACACUCGUGUCUGAU